GGGAUUGUUACUGUGAUGUCGUCACACGAGAUUGUAUGGCGCUCUAGCAUGGAGAUAAUUCUACAAGCGCGUCGUGCGCCCCCAGGUAGCUGAGAAUGGGAGCGUGACAAAGACAGGGACCUUACUCUGUGCUCAGCCGUCUACAGUUCUGUCUAAUGUCUAGAUGUCAGUCUAUCGACCAAACUACUUACCUGUGAUCGGAAAGGACAAAUCGCAAGCUAUCAGAGAUGUUUGGUAGAGUCAUAACGGUGCAGUUCAUUAUAAUAGUCUAUUUGUUUUUUUUCUACGGGGCCAUCAUGUACACACAACUGGAAAAAAGAAACCGUCUUUCUGCAGAGGAUCGAUCGGGGGUGUCCCCACUCCAGCCUUCCGAGACGUUUCAGAAAAUCGUAAGGCAUCCAUCUAAUGGCAGACAGAGAAAGCGAGCGAGUAUCCUGGCGUCUCGGCGAGACGAUCUGCUACGGGAACCGCUGACGUCAUCCUACUACACCAAAUGCACUCUCCUCGACCCCAGAGAGGGCAGCAGAUACGGCUGCUUUAAGAAGGAGAAGGUGGCGUUCAAGGGCUUUCUCAACAUCACGGACAACAGAACGCUGCCCAGAAUCAGUUCACUGCAGCGCGUUGACCGCAUGAACGUCGCCCGUCGGGACAUUGAGAUUCAGGACCAGGACUUCUUCCGGCACGUGGCCCGCAGCACCGUGACCUCCAACAUGUUUGAUGCUGACGACGAGGACUACCUCCAGUCUUUUGGACAUUACUUUAUUCUGCGCCCUUACCUCGUCAACCAUUACGUGCCGCGGUUUUUGAUUGGCCAGGACAUCGGGUGCUACGCCACGCGCAACAAAUCGGGAUCGAAAGCCUUUUUGGAGUCUGUGAUGAGUGAUGUACCCUACUUGCUUGUCGUCGUGUUCACGGAGCACACAGACGUGAUGCUGAGAGAGGCCAUUCGCAAGACGUGGGGUCAAGUGGAGACAAACUGGGCUAACGAUCCAGAACAGGAGAGUCACCGUAUAAAGCUCUUGUUUGUCCUCGGUUACCGGGAGGAGUUCAGCGACACUCAGCUACAAAAGGAAGCGACACAAAAGCGAGACAUUGUUCAGGCUGACUUCAUAGACACCUACCGUAACCUGUCGUUGAAGAUGGUGACGGCCCUGUACUGGGCGCGAGACUACUGUCCCGGCGUGCAGCACGUGCUCAAGGUCGACAGCGACACCUUCAUCAACAUGAUGCUGCUGACUGCGCUCCUCUCAGCUCUGCCUUCCAUGGCCCAGACUGCCCCGGGGCAUCGCUGGAUGCUGGGCCAUGUCAACCCCAAACCGGUUGUAAUUAAAAGUGACAUUGAGUAUGGCCGGUGGAAAGUGGACAGCAAUCUUUAUCCGUUUGACCAGUUCCCUACCUACUUAUAUGGCCAUUCAUACGUCAUUUCCGGCUGCGUCAUCGAUGACCUUUUACGAGCUUACCACCGGAUGCCACUCAUCCCUGUGGAGGACGCGUACUUCACCGGCGUCCUGGCCAAAGCUCUUGGCAUCAGGCGGCUCCAUAGUCCGUGGUUCGCCACUUACUUCAAGUUCCCCUCAGGAUUCUCUCUGACUUCCCCUGACCUGCUAAUAGAUGUAACGAUGACAAACUUCGAGGACUGGACCAAGCAGUUACAGUUUUACCUCACCUUUAUCGCCAAGUACAUCCACAUGAUCCGCUACUAGCAUCAUUGAUAGGCUUGGUAAACUGUUUACUCCGAUACGACCUUCGACCUCCAGAUCUUCAGGACAUUUAUUUCAAGGAGGAGGAAUUGAAUGUAGUGAGUUAAGGUUAUAGACCUUUUUUAU